AUGGUCGAAAGUGGUGUCCCCCAGGGUUCAGUACUGGGACCCAUUUUGUUCCUUAUCUACGUAGAUGAUGCCGCAAGAGAUUUGGACUGUGAAGUAGCAAUGUUUGCGGAUGACAUGAAGAUAUGGAGUGUAAUUCGUGGUCCUGCCGAUGAAGACAGACUGCAGAUGAACCUGAAUCGGUUGGAGGAGUGGUCAAACCGUUGGCUCCUGCGGUUCAACGUUGCCAAAUGUAGCAUACUUCGCCUAGGCAACACAGCCAGAUCCGCCAGCACAAGAGGCUACUUUCUGGGCGGUGCAGCCCUACAAGAGGUCGAAGCCCAAAAGGACCUCGGUGUGCUUACGACGAGUUCCCUAAAACCAUCCGCCCACUGUUCGAGGGUGGCAAAAACCGCAAUGUCCGUACUGUACGACAUCAAGCGUGCGUUUAUGGACUUUGACGAAGAAGCCUUCUCUAAGACAUUCGGAACAUUCGUCCGGCCGCAUUUAGAGUACGGCAUACAAGCUUGGAGGCCGUGGGGUGUUGUGGAUCAAAACUGCCUCGAAAGAGUCCAGAGGAGAGCCACGAAGAUGGUCAGGGGUCAAAGUUCCUUUCCUUAUGCGACCCGCCUAGUAAAUCUGAACCUCUUUCCUUUGAGUUACAGGCAACUUCGCGGAGAUCUCUUGCAAGCCUUCCGCAUUGUAACGGGGUUGGAUUGCAGUCUGGCCUUCGAGGACUUUUUUGAAUUUGCUACCACGACCAAACUCCGAGGUCACCCGUUAAAACUGCGCACUCAGCAGGCACGGCUGGAUGUGCGGAAGUUCUCCUUCUCGGUUCGGGUGGUCAAACCGUGGAAUGAGCUUCCCGCAGAUGUUGUGAUGUCACCAUCUAUACAAGUUUUAAGAAGAAUCUGGACAUAUUUAUGUUCCGAAAUGACCAAGAGCGAUGAGAAGUCGAGCUCACCCCUGUAACUCCUUCUCAUUUUGUCCCACCAUUAUGGGCGUGUUCGAACUAUUUCAGUCCAGAACAUCUUUCUGUACACCACACAUUUUUUACGUUGCAAAUAGGGCACUCAAAGGCUUACGCCUAUUUCCCUCAAUAAACUGAACUGAACUGAACUGAAUCGGUUGAAGGAGUGGUCAGACCGUUGGCUCCUGCGGUCCAACGCCGGUAAAUGUAACAUACAUCGUCUGGGCAACAUAGCCAGAUACACCAGCGCAAGAGACUACUUUCUGGGCGAUGCACCAUUACGAGACGUCAAAGCCCAAAACUACCUCGGUGCGCUGACGAUGAGUUUCCCAAAACCAUCCGCUCACUGCUCGAGAGUGUCAAAAAGCGCAAUGUCCGUACAGUACGCCAUCAAGCGUGCGUUUAUGGACUUUGACGAAGAUGCUUUCUCAAAGACAUUCGGAACAUUCCUCCGGCCGCAUUUGGCGUACGGCAUGCAGCCUGAAGACCGUUGGCGGUUUAGGGUCAAAACUGCCUCGAAAGAGUUCAGAGGAGAGCCAAGAAGAUGGUUAGGGGGCAAAGGUUCUUUCCUUAUGCAACCCGCCUAGUAAAUCUGGAUCUCUUUCCUUUGAGUUACAGGCAACUUCAUGGGGAUCUCUUGCAAGCCUUCCGCAUUGUUAGGGGGUUGGACUGCAGUCUGGCCUUCGAGGACUUUUUUGAAUUUGCUACCACGACCAACCUCGAGGUCACCCGUUUAAACUGCGCACUUAGCAGGCAAUGCUGGAUGUGCGGAUGUUCUCCUUCUCUGUUCGAGUGGUAAAAUCAUGGAAUACCCUUCUCGCAGACGUGGUGCUGUCACCAUUAAUACAACGUUUUUAAAAGAAUCUUGACAUAUUUAUGUUCGCAAAUGACCAAUAGCGAUGAGAAGUCAAGCUCAUCCCCUGUAACUCGUUCCCAUUUUGUCCUACCAUUGUGGGCUCGUUUAAAUUAUUUCAGGCCAAAACAUUUUUUCUGUAUACCACACGUUUUUGAGUUGCAAAUAGGGUACUCAAAGGCUUACGUCUAUUGUCCUCAUUAAACUUAAUUGACAGCCAGUCUUGUUCCAUUAUAUAAGGGAAAUAGCUGGAUGACAGCAAUCAGCUCCAGGCCAGUUAGCUUGACUUACCUAUCAUGCAACUCCAUGAAAGUUCUAGGAAAGGGUGCUAUAAAGCAAUUUGGUUAAGAAAAUAACACCAUACAGGAUUUCCAUUAUGUCGCCCGGAGAGGACGUUUCUGCCUCUCAAAUGUGCUAACUUGUCUAAAGGUCUAGGUCAGUGCUUCAGAAGAAGGCUUCGAGGUCGGUGUCAAUUCAAUUCAAUUCAAUUCAAUUAUUUUUAUUAAAGACCCGUCGGGGUCCCAUCAAAGCAAGCAAAAAUAAAUUUACAUGCAAAUUUUAGACGAUGUAGGCAAAAUCUGCACAAAGUGCAGUGUAUAGUUUUUGAGAUUAGAAGUCCGUUAAGCAAAAUGAAAAUGAAAAAAACGAGGGGUGAAAAAAAAAACUCCAAAGCAAAAUUUAAAAAUGAUUGUAGUAAUUUAACAGGAGACAAAAACCCCUCAGGAAAAUAGCAUCAGAAAAAAACAGGGAGAACUGGCCUGCAUGUGGCGGUACAAAAUGGAAUAUAGUCCGACAUCAACAUGGCCGAAAUAAAUGUCAGCUGUAUAUGGCAUUGUGUAACGGAUUUCAUAAAAUGGUAGGUAGGCGGGUCGGUCAGGACCGGCCUGUAUCGCCUUGAAUAAGAAAAAUAAGUGGAGAAAUUUAAAACCAGUCUCAAGCCGAUAGGAACCCAGAUGCGGUCGGUUUCAUUCAACCGAGUCCAUCCGAACAUGGGGGAAGGGAGAUGCGACCAGACUACUAGUAUAUGGCGAAUAUAGAAGGCUUUGUCAAGACCGCCGAUGGAGCGCAUUCUGUAAGGGCACGAUGACAACCAGUCUCGAGGCGACAAGAACCCAGAUGCGGUCUGUUACAUUCAUCAGAGUCCAUUCGAGGAUAGGGCAAAGGAGAUGCGACCAGAUUACUAGUAUAUGGCUAAUAUAGAAGGCUUCGCCAAGAGCAUCGAUGGAGCGCAUUCAGUGAGGGCAUCAUGAAGAUCAGUCCCGAGGCGAUAGGAACCCAGAUGCGGUCGGUUACAUUCAUCCGAGUCCAACCGAGGAUGGGGGAAGGGAGAUGCGACCAAACUACUAGUAUAUGGCGAAUACAGAAGGUUUCGCCAAGAGCGUCGAUGGCGCGCAUUCUGUGAGGGCACGAUGCAUGAACUAAAAAAUUGGAAUAAUUAACAUUUCUGGUGAGGGAUCUUAGGUAACGAGACUACUUAUAAAGGAAGGAAACGUGAACAGAUACGGAAAUUUAAUAGCGGCAUGCUAAAUUCCCAGUGGCCCUUUCUCAGUGUCAUAGAAAAAGUUGUCUGGGAAGGAUGAGGAAAAUAAAAGUUUAAUCGAGUCAGUAUUCAGAUAAAGGCGUAGCCUUCUCUUAAAGGUGUGUAGAUUUUCUGAAGAUCUUAUAUUUAUUGGAAGGUUAUUCCAGAGGAAAGUAUACCUGGAAGCGAAAAAAAGGGAGCGCUCAGAGGGGAAGGACGCUGGAAGAGGUAUAAUUAGAGACGAGUUGCGAAGGUUGUAUGGGCGACUACUAGGGGUAAGCGUUGAAAUCCGAGGAAAAUUUGAACUACGAUUAAUGCGAAAGAGGAGACAGAGGCCCGCUUCUAGUCUUCGAACCCAUAAAAAUUUUAGGUUAAUUAGCUGACAUCUAUCUGAGUAGGAGAUAUUGGGAUGUUCCCUAUCUAAAAGUUUUUUAGAAAAACGUCUUUGGACAUUUUCAAUUUUUAAACGACUGGCUUCAUUCAUCAAACCAAAGAAUGGGCAACAAUACUCGAGAAUGGGAAGUACAAACAUACGAUAGAGCCUUAAUUUAAUUUCAGGAAGAUAGAAAUUGUAAGAAAUAAAGCCACAAAUCUGGGCAGCUUUGGCUGUAAUUCUGUCAGCGUGCGGCGAGAGAUCAAGAUUACUAGUGUAGCUCAAACCUAAAUCCUUGAUGGUGGUACAUUCAGUCAUAGGUGUUCCUUGAAAGACCACAGGUUGGGGUAGCCUAUCAGGUCCAAAACACAUAUAACGACAUUUAGACGGGGAGAAUUCCAUUAGCCAUUUUGAGCUCCAAGCUGAGAGAGCAAGCAAGUCAGCAUGGAUUUGCUCCAGGCAAUGAAGGCUCGUAGAUUUAUUGAAAGAAUAUACACAUUUGAGAUCAUCGGCAUAAAUAAAUGAUUGAGAAUGUUUAACUGCUGCUGAAAUAUCAUUUAUGUAAAGCAAGAACAAAAGAGGACCUAAAACGGUACCUUGUAGGACACCGCUCACAAUAGGACUUUCACUGGAAAGUGAAGAUCCCACCAAAACCUUUUGUUUACGAUUAGACAGGUAUGACCUGAGAAAGUCUAUUAGUGGACUGCGAAUUCCCAUAGCUUCCAAUUUAAUCAAGAGUCUUUUAUGUGGCACUAUAUCAAAGGCUUUACUAAGAUCAAAAUAAAAAACGACAACAGAUAGGUGAUCAUUACGUAGAGAGGUUAGUAGAUCGAGAAACGACAGAUGACGUGUUUCACAAGAGCGAUCUGGUAAAAAACCAUGCUGGGAAGGGCUAAUAACUUGAUUGGCUAUGCAAAAUUCGGUAAUUUUUACGGCGAUAAUUUUUUCGAAGAUUUUGGCGAGAGAGGGUGUUUUAUGGACACCUCGAUAGUUCUGUACGUCAGAACGACAGCCAGAUUUAAAUACUGGAAUAAUAAUAGAAGUUUUCCAAUAGUCAGGGAAGAAGCCAUUUACGAGAAAUACUGAAAAGAUUUUGCAAAGCAGAGGAGGAAAAUCUCUUAGCUGUUUUAUCAAAGAGUUUGGGAUAUUGCCCGUACCUACUGAGUGAGAGUUAGGAAGAUGGCUUAUCAGUUUUUGAAUACAUUCAGGAGAAAAAUUAAUGAAGCUAAGAGAAGCACCAGACAACGAAGGAAUUAAAGGGAUCGGAUCAGUUUCAAUGGUGAAAUGCUUGGCAAAGAACGAAUUUAAAAUUUCUGCUUUGCCUGACUCCUCUGCAAUGAAGGCAUCACUUGCACUAAGCAAGGGCGGAAUGACUUGGUGGGACUUAGCAGAUGAUCUCUGACGGAAGAUCUGAGCAACUGAUUUAGAAGAAUUCACGUCAUUAAUAGCUAAAGACUCUCUACGCCUAUCUCGCUCGAGCCUCAUUUUCGAAGCUAGUUCAAAUAUUUCAACGAUUCUUAGAUGAACUGAUAAUGAACUCACAGAAGGAUCUUUAAACUGCUUCCGUAACUUUUUAAGUCUGUUUUUAAGAAAGUGUGGGAUAGUGGUGGAAUUAGCACUCGGUUUGAACAUCUUCCGAGGAAUAAGGUCAAGAAGACCUUCUGUUACGCAUUGUAAUAAAUUGUUGAAAAAAUUUAGAUCAUUAUUUGAAAAAAUAUUGUGCCAAUCAAGAGUGCAUGUAAAGUUAUUUACUAAUUCCUUAUUAACAUUAGCAAACUCAAAAAUACUACGUUGAACUGUUGGCUUUGCGGAAAUGGCAACUGGAAGGCGACAAUGGAUUAAUGCAUGAUCACUUGCAAAGAGGUCAUGAUAAAAAUCCAUAGAUAAAGGGAAGGUGCCAUUAGUAAAAAUUAAGUCUAAAACACUAUCGUUUCUGGUCGAAGAGUGAACUAAUUGAGUCAGGUUUGAAAAGUAAAUUGUGUCAAGCAGCUUCUGUCGUGUACAUUGGUUUUUAAAAGGCGUUCGAUGCUGUUCCGUACAAACGCCUUCUUCAUAAACUGGUAGUGACAUUUAAGUGCGUUUUGUUUUACUCAGUUACAAUACGCAUUUUAAAUAAACUUGACACAACUUUGAAUAAGGCAUAGAACAACGAUAUGCACUUUUACCUGCAGAAGACUUUGUUCUUAUUUAUUAGUUUUUUAACUUUUGGAAUACUUCUAUCUUUGUUGUCUGGAUAGCCUGCUUACUGCCAAACAAACUGAGCGUGCUCCGUAUUUAAAGAAGUCUUCUGAACUGGGUAAGGGCGUUUCUGAUUGGUCCAAAUUGGCGUGUUCGUAUCGCGGAUGAUAUGUCAGACUGGGCGAGCGUGACUAGUGGAGUGACUCAAGAUUUAGUUCUAGUGCCCUUAUUCUUCAUCACAUGUGAUAACGAUAGCCUUCAAGGAUUUAACUGCGGCGAAAUAAUGUUUUCCGAUGAAGUUAUACUCUGACAAACCAUCAAGGGCUAGAAUGACCGGGAAGUCCUUCAAAGUGAUCUCUACCGACGGCAAACGUGGUCCGAUAAAUGGCUUCUGGAUUUCAAUGUGCAGAUAUGUGUCGUCCUUCAUCCGCGUCCAACCAACUGCCAUUCAAAUUACGGAAUUAGUUUCCCUGCCCAUCACCACCUCCCCCAAAUCGUACUCCCCCUUAUCCACAUUAAAAUCACUUUAUGCUACAAAAUUUUUGCAUAACCGGACAGGUGCAACCGGACCAUAUAUUACAUGGGCAGCCGAAUGCCGGACGACGUAGCUCACUUCCCUCCGAAACGGUCUUUCCCUUUAGACUUUUUUCUAAAUGCCAGAUCCUUGCUAAAUAAGAUGCCUUUGCUGCAGACCCUGGUCUUCGUCCAUUGCCCAGAUAUUAUUUUAGCAACUGCGAAAUGGGCAACAGCCUCCGUAACUGACUCUGAACUCUAUUCUAGGCCACAUUUGCAUUCGCAGUUAUCGUCAUGACAGUCGUGGUUGGGGAGGUCGCAUCUACAUUAAACAGGUACAUGCAUUUCUGCCGCUGGACCUUUCGCAUUUUUUGCGGUAAAAGGCAGCUGCAGUCUCCAAGUUGUUUUAAAAGUUUAGUUCUUUUUACUAGUCGGCUGAAUCCAUCGUCUACUCAUCGUUGCAUCUCAGUCAUUUCAUGCUGCAGUCGAAUUAAUCUUCAAGUGUCAAGUGAUUGCGGGUGACUUCAAGUUAACUGAAGUCCGUUGGUUUUCGCCUUCCGGCCUCAAAAUCUUCAAACUCUUAAACCAGGCCGUGGAUGUUAGGAUGUGGAUUCAGGUUCUUGAUUAUCCCACCCGAGGAUCAAGCAUACUUGACCUAAUUUUCUAUAGAGAUUUCAUGCCCCUUUCACUGUCAUCCCUGGGCCCAGUCGGGAGCUCUGUGCUCGGAUCAGUUUGGAUUAAUUUAUGCCAACGGCUAUAUGAAUGGGCUGGGCUGCAGUGGAGUCAUGUUUGCUGAUGAUUUCAAGUUAUGGCGAGCGGUCAACGGGGAAAAUAAUGAACUGGCCCUGCAAGAUGGCCUAAACCGCCUACGCGAGUUGUCCGACAAAUGGCUGCUCAAGUUUCACCUUAAAAGUGCGCCGCACUGCGACUCAAAACGAAUGGAAGAGCCGAUAGAGAGGAUCAUCAAUACCUGCUUGGCGGAAGUUGCCUUUCAACUGCAAGCAGUUUUUUCUCCUGAACACUCCAAACCAUAAAAACCACUAUCACCUAUAUUUUUAUUCCUUUUCCACAGGAGUUUUUUUCACUGCUGGCCGGAUCUGUGUUUAACGCUGCCCUGACAAUGCCUGUAAACUGGCAUUAAAUAAAAAUUAAUACUAUUAUUAUUAAGUAUAACCGAACAAAAGGGUCUUGGGAUCAACAUUUUGUCGUCUCUUAAGCCCUUCACUCAAUGCGUUAGACCGGCCAAAAGAGCAACCAGUGUUCUCUCUGGCAUUAAACAAAAUUUCCUACAUAUAGACAAAGAGUUAUUUGGAAAGGUAUACGCAGCAUUCAUUCGUUUGCAUCUGGAAUAUGGGAUCCAAGCCUGGCGCCCGUGGUUGAAAAAAGACUAUAAGUUGCUGGGAAGAGUUCAGAGGAGAACGACCAGAAUAGUGAAAGUCCUCAAAACUAUACCUUACAACUGCAGACCUGAUGAGCAUAACCUAUUUCCCCUUGAGUACAGACAGAUUCGAGGAGAUCUCAUACAGGCGUAUUGGAUUUUGAGGAACCGGGACUGUGCCCUGCACCUCGAUGAUUUCUUCGCCAUGGCCACAACGAUAAACCUGCGUGGGAACUCUCUUAAACUUCGAAGAUCCCGAUGCCGCCUAGAGGUUCGCAGGUACUUUCUUUCACAACGAAUCGUCGGUGCCUGGGACGGGCCUCCCGAGGACGUGAUAAAGGUGGAUUACACGGAGAUAUUUAAACAAAGACCUGAUGUAUAUUUUCUUGAAAAAUGCCGCUUAUUUGGACAGAACAGUCCUUUUAUACCAGACCGACGCCUUAUAUACAGUUGCCGCAAAUGCGGACGAUUGUCACUUCAUUUUGCUGUCAUAACCUACAACUGAGUGUCCUCGAAUUUCGACCUUGCAUUUUUAAAGACGAUUUUCUGUAGAUGUACAUAUUACUGACAAUAUUUUAGUACCUUCUUUAUUUACAGUUAGAUAUUGUAAUUACCGAUUUCAAUAGGGCUUUCGAGGGCAGUGCCUAUAAACCUUAAAAUAUGCUGACGUAUAUGCUGACCUAAAGUUGUUUGUACAACAAAACUCGAGGCUGACAAAAUUCUAUUCCCAAAGUAUAACCUCUUCUUCGAAUUCCGGUCAUCAAGCCCGGCCGAAUUAUUAACACGCCUUAAUUCCUACGACUGGACUGAUUUAUUCCUUAGUUCGGAUGUAAAUAUUUGGACUGAAAAAUUGCACGAUAAUCUGAAUCUGCUAUUUUCUUGAUUUAUUCCUUGUAGGGAAAUAAUAGAUGUCGCGGACGAGGUUUUCCCACCCUUGCCCUUUUUCCAUAGGCUGAGCAGACUCUCUCAUCCAUCCUAUCCGCAAGACUACUGUUCCGUUCCGCCCUCGAUUUGUCAUAAUUUCGACCAGGCUAAGAGAUUGUCCGAAGAAAAACAGCUAGUCAAAGAUGUCCACUUUGCCGAAAACUGCUUGUUAAAUGCCGCUUAACUUUUUUUCUCGAAAGUAAGAUCUCAGAUAAAGACUCAGUAUCCCACACACUGAGACCCUUUCGGGAGUCCCGUAGCUGAUGUCCAUUUGACCGCUGCUAGUUUCAAUGUUUUCCUGUCCAAAACUUUUAUUACAAACUCGAGCGCUCCGAUUCCGACCAUCCAGGCAUUGACCAAGGCAGUUCUCAAAACUAUAACUUUCACUCUGAAGGACGUGACUGUAGCGACUCGGCGUUUUCGUCAAUCUCAUAGUCCCGGACCCGAUUAUGUCCCAGUUAGCAUUCUCAAAGCGGAUGUGAAGUAAUUUUCCCACCCCUUUUAUGCAAGACAUUUAAUCUCGCUCUUGAAAGUGAAACCUAUCCUACUUUUUGGAUCGAAUCAGCCAUUUUGCUUAUUCCCAAGCAUGGCUAAUCUAGGUCAUUUGACCACUCUUCACCAAUAAACACCCUUCCGAAAUUCCCGAAAGUCUUAGAGACAUUGAGUAAAGAUAGGAUGAUAUGUCACUUCACUGAGAAUAACCUACCGAUUGUUGCUCAGUAUGGAUUCCUCAAAGCGCGGUCUUGUGACACCUGUCAGCUCUAUUUGUUUAAUUAGGUUCCCCAAUUUAGGGACAUCGGUUUUGCACUUUACGCAGUCUAUUUCGAUUUCACCAAGGCUUCUAUCGUGUUGACUAUGGUCUUAUUCUCUUGAAACUUUCCUCUUUCGGAAUAGGUGAUAAAUUUCUGAAUUUUAUAUCCUAGCGCACAACGAGUCAAUAUUUCCACUUCUAUCCCCAAACCCACAAAUUCAUAUCGAUCACCGUCAAAAGUAUUUCUGAAGUCAAUAUUCACCAUCUUUACUGACAAACCCACACCAAUUGUUUUCGCCCAGCCCUCCAUUGAUGUGAGCAAUUUGGUAAGACAGGAUCAGUUCCGUCUAAAUCCAUGUUUAUGCAAACAAAGCAAGUCGUUUUUUCGAGAUCCUGCUUUAACUCCGUUUUUAUUAUCCUGCUCAUCAGUUUACACAGAUGUUUGUUAUAUUCACUGAUUUGAAACUAUCUGGAAAAGUUCUCCCUCCUCUUAUAUGUAUGGGCUUAUGCUAAUUUGCCCCAAUCAGCAGGCAGGACUUUAGCAUUCGUCGAAGUUUUGAGGAUCUUGGAGGGCGGAGAGACCAAUUGGUCCGAGAGUACAUUUAGAUCUUCUGCGAGCACGCCGUUGGGACAAAGUGAUUUAACAAAUUGUAUCUGUCUCAAAGUAUUCCGUACAGUGUCUCCUCUGAAGUCUACCGUGCUAAUUGGAUUGCUCGAUAGGGCUCGAUAUGACGUUAAGUGUAAAAUGUUUUCCAAAACCUUCCCAGUGACGAUAUCUUGUAUCAACUGUGUACAAAUGUAUUUGAACUCCCAACUGCAUAUAAAUUAACUCAUAAAGGACUCUGCCCGUAACUCUAAAAUACAUACAUACAUACAUGCACACAUAGAAAUGUCCUAUGUAUAUGUAUAUGUGUAUAUGUACUGAACAUACAUCUAUUAAUGUGUUUUGUAAAUACAACGAAUACUACUUUACAUUGUUAAAGUUUUGCAUCCUUUAAUUCCAUUGUCGUAGAUUUCCCACGUUGCAUUUUAUACGGGUUUAAAAAUUUUAUGUAUUUUUUGCCUUUACCAUUUUUUUAAAUUCCAUUGAAGUAAUGGCUCAUCCGUUCUUCGAAUGUGUCUUCCCAAAUAAUUCCCAUGUUCUUUGUAUUUGCACACUUAUCACUGCGUCCCUGCUUGUUGAUAGUUAUUCGCCUGCCAUAUGUCCUAUCUUUAAGGGUUCUUAUUGAGCGCUACAGCGUGUUUUAUGUAAGGGCAGGUUGUUACAAAAAGCAAGGAAAUCGAGGAGUCUUUCGUCGCCGGAAACAUCUUACUAUUAUACUUGCCUAGCUGAAUACCUCGGACAUGCUGCUCCUUGUGAGCUGUUUUGGUUAAACCUCGAUCGUUUCUUCAUAAAUGAGUCUACUUAUUGAAACCGUCGAAGUCGGGUUGUAACUCGCACCCAUAGAUUUUGUUUAAAUCUGUGAUCAGCGUCGCUCAUUUGCGCACUUAUUGAGUCAUCUUUCACAGGUGGGUUUGGUGGUUUGACUGGUCCUUUGCCUUGCCGUGGCUGCAGGUGCGGGGUGUCCGUCAAAUUUUUGUCAAAACAUCAGAAUGGACUUAAUCUCCUAGAAAUUUUAAUAGUUUCUGUUUUUUAAGUUGUACAAAGCGGCCUACACGAGUUAAUUGCGGCUCUGACUAGUCACACCUACGCCCCUGUAUGGUAUCAAUUUCAUACAAAGCCGAUAGCGACUCGUCGAAUGGUCAAGAUAGGUACUGGCGUCUGGGCGCGGAUUUUGUUUAAGUUGGUCGCUGAGUAGAAGAUAUCAAAAGGUCGCAAUAUGACACUAUACCGCGAUAACGAAAGGGCAAACCGUACACGUAUAUACCGCAUGCAUAUAUGUACCAUAAUCGUGUUCUGCUAGCGUCCCCUAUCUUCUAGUCGACCGUCCACACUGAAAACUACAGUAUAACUGCACUUUAGCUUUCCCCCACAAUGUAGAACCGCCUGUCCUUAGCAGUGACGUGAGGCCGAAUGCAAUUUCACAUCAAAUAUUUGGCUGGAUUUUUAUUAGAAUAAUGCAUGGCACAAAAAUACUUCGUAGGGGUCUGCGAACUGACUUAACUGCAGACUGUGACCACACGGGUUCUUUUCUGGACAACAAUUAAUUGAUCCUUUGAAUGGAGGAAUCCAAUACACUAGGGGGGCUAGACCCCCUCGUGUUCCUCAUUCUCAGGGCAUUCAGCGGGCGUUUCAGUCGCCUCGUCAAUUUGCCUUCUGGUUCGUGGACGUCUGACCGAGGAGCCUACUUCCAGUUGACAUAGACAUCUAUGUAGCAAUAUCGCACGAAAUCGGACAACAUACCAGCCAUAAUUUCAUAUAAUUUUGUUGUACAGAGGCUGUUCGUAGUCUUUUCUCAUCAAAAUUAAUGCGUCCGGUGUUGUUGUCGUCAACGAAGGUCUAGAAUACUCUUUUAAGGAAGUCACCCGUACUGUCGUCUCCGGCACAUACGGGAAAUACAUCCUGAAUUAGUGCGUCUGUACUACAUAUAUAUUCAACGCGCUAACCGGCCGUGGAAAUCCGUGUCCAGCAGCCGCCGGUUAAUCUUCAGAAAACCCUCUUUCGUACGAAGUAAUGGGCGGUCGUCACCGGCUUUUCGGCUGUCAACAUAUUUGCAUUUACACCAAACGCUUGGGUUAGCCUAAUAUGUUACACAAUUGUGUAAUAUGCUCCCUCACCAUUUACUGGUAAGUUCUAACACUUGUAACCUUAAUGGUCACUAAGAAGAGUAUAAAUGUCGUCGGUGAUUCAGAGAGUAUCUCCACUUUUGAAAAAUUAAUUUUAGUCGUGUUGAACCCUUAGUGAUAUUGAAUUUCGUCCAGGCAAUUUCAUCCCCUCAUACAGGACCGGAAGCGAAGCCGAAUUUGUCGUUCGUGUCUCCCACUCGUUUUUGACUCAAGUCAUCUCGGGGUCGGAAAUAAAGUCGGCAACAUCCAAUGGAUGGUUCACACAGCACAGACACGUGCUGAAAAAAAAUACAUAAACCCACCAAUUUUCUCGGACGGUCCUUCUUCCGGUUUGAUAGUACGUCCCAGAGUGGCUAUAGUCCGACUGGAAACGUGUCUAAACCGUUGCCCCAAAACUGUUUCUUCUGAAAGCUCAUUCCGAAGUUUCGACUUCCACUGUCAUACUAUCAUCCUAAAAGAAACAAUUCAGUAGUCUGCACCAUUAUCUCAAGACUACUCAGUUCUCCGGCUGACCGCAAUGUGGUUGAACAACUUUUUAAAUGUUCUGCCAUCGGGUGGUCUCUGGAUAUCAAGUAUCUGAUACACCCACUACGAGACACCAUGGUCGACUGCCUCACGCAGUCGUGACUGGUGUGAGUUCGUUUACAGUAAAGCAGACUUCUGAUGCAUUAACUCAUCCCCUGUUCUCACACAUCGUGUUCCACGGCAAUAUUCGACUAAACAUGACCCAUAUAGGUUAAAGCAGGCCAGAUUAGGUAAAAUUAGUCCCGAACCACUUAUGAAUCAGGCUCUAGGAUUCCUGCCUAAUAUGGCCUUUGGGGCACUCGCGCUUUUGAUAUCCGAGCCGCCUACCUACUGCGCAGAGGGACCUUAUGCACGCCCCGCUCCUGCUAUGGCCAGAGAUUAACUGCAUGUAUGUCUCCUCAUCCCCGUUCCCCCUUCCUCCCCAUGUGACACGGCUCUACCUAACCCUCACUGCCAUUUUAUACCUCCUCUCCUUCCCCUCCUAUUAACACACCCCGCUUGUAUGGAAAGGCAAGUCGUAAUCGUUUUUGUCCUAUCGCUCACACGUCUUGCUUUGUAUCUCGUUCCCAGAUAAGUGUAUUGACCCAAUGAGAAUCUAUCGAAAACAUGCGUAUGCACACCAACUCGUAUUCUGAAAACCUAAUGCGUUGUGCGGGGAGCCGGGUCGUGUUUGGCACGCGCAGUCAGGCUGUACGGCUCUGUCUGUUACUUGCGCCCGCUCCAUGCAUCAGUUGACUGGCGGGCUCGGAGAGUGAACUGAUGCCUGGAAGAGGGAAGAGUAGGGCCGACUCUGGGGACACUCAACACGUGCUCCUCCCUAUAAAUAAUCUGACGCGCUUUUAAACUAUCGAGGGGCGCUAAAAGCCGUAGCUUAGAAGGCUGUCAACUGACAGCCCUCCGCUCAGAACGGAGUCAGGCCAUAAUGACUUCUUCAUGUGGCCUCUAUGGCAUUCUCACCCAGUUGGAAUCCGAGCCGUCCUUUCCUUAUUUCUGUGAGAACCGGGUCCAUCGUGCGCGAACCAGGCGUGUCGCACGCGCUGACAAGCUGUGUACCUUUAUCCGCUACUGCACCCGAUCUCGCCGCCGGUCUUCUUGAUUCUGUCUUGACACCGGGCCCAGGUGGACGAAGGAGGCGAGAAUAUGGUAGACGCAGUACAAGCCUGCUACCACAACAAACUAAUUCAUGCGUAAUUCACCGUCCCUGCGCCCGCCAUACCGUGGGAUACAUGGUGGUUAUCGUCGCCCGCGACGGUAGCACUGUCAUAUAAGCGUACGCUCCGUUUCCUCCGAGAACCAACCUCUAACUUCAUUCACACACUUAUAUGGCAGCAAAUGACGCAUUUUCCGUUUAAGUGGAAGGGUGUCCGAGACAUCACACAGGUGGAAGUGACAAAAAGGAGGAGUCAUUUCAGCCUCGUCCCUUGGCAAUAUAUGCCAUGACUGUUUGCACCUCGUGUUAGCUAAUCUGCCCUUGAUUGUUUAUGGUGGGAAAUUUAGACUUUGGAUUUUAACGGGACGACUUCACUCCCCCUCUAUCCUCUCCCAUACACCCGUGGCCCCAAAUUCAAAAUGACUCGGGACAAUAUUGGCGCAGUCGUUGACGUGGCUUGAAAUCUCCGUCUAGUGCGAUCCGCACACGGACUCGUAUCCUAGAGGAGUGAUCGGUGCCAUAAAACCCACUCUAAAAAAACCAUGUCACCCUCGCGCUUUUGUCAAAAAUAUGGUCGGGUUACUGCACAGUUGUCAACCUUCAGAGCCGCGUCUUUUAGAUCGUCAGUUAUUUAUCGUGUUGAGGAAUGCGCUGCUUUGCCGUGAGGAGGGACGCCUCUGGGUCGGCUUCGCUCUUUCCUACGUACUAAUAUCUUCGACCCUAUCAGACAAUUGGCAGUGAGGUUUGACGCAUUGGUUGUUGUAGCGUAAAGUCCCUUUUCGCUUUCCUCCGCUAUGCAUGACCAGUCGUCACGAAAACGUGGAAUGGAGAUGCUCACGUACUCGUAUAUGACGUUCCAUCAAUCAUAAAGACGCGUGAAAAUUGCACCCCAUGAUUGUUGAAUGGGCGAUGCCUAAUGGUCUCCUGGUCUUGGGCGUGUGUGCGUAUGUAAUCGGAUAUGUCCAUGCAUUGCCUAGGUGUGCGUGUGUGAAUGUGUGGAGUGAAGUGCUGCAUGCAGACUUGGACUGUGCUGUCCCACGAAUAGACUCGUGCAUGUGGUGGCUGAGUGCGCAGAUGCCCUGUGGGCGGGGAGGGCAUACCCGAUAAGUAUUAAACCCCACCAUGACACCCAAUACACCCAUCAUAAAACACACAGUAGAUAACUGUGACUGUCUAGAAAGGCCUCCGAUACGGAACUUUAGUCUUCUUUCGCGCUUUACGUACAAGAGCAUGUAAGCAUCGCUCAUGCCCAAGCGCGACGGCUCGAAUGUCAAAAGUGAUGGGAUCCACCACUAUCCCUAAGGUGGGUGCAGGCGUGACUGGCACUCGAGCUUUUUCAUGGCAGAACAAACCAGCGCCCUAUAUACUUCAUCCUACUGUGGUCCGACGACAAAACAAAGUCGAGAAGACCGGAGGCGGUUGUGGGCCAAACGGUUCGUCUUCACGUACUAAACACCAUCCGGUCACUGACCACACGUCCCGACCCUCAUUCAGCGAGUGUCAGGUCCAUCCCAAUUGAGUGUCAUAAAGGUCACAUUACAAGUCAAGCCAUUGCAGCCUGACCCCCGGUUCUGAGUAGGGCCCAAUUAUCUCGUCAGUUUGACAUCUUUUUAUGGUGAUGAAUUAGAUGCCGGAUCCGAAUUUCUUGACCUCGCCUUCUCGUUAACUUGUCCGAGUCAAUUCGACUGGGGUUGAGAUUGGGCACGGUAACUGGAGUGAAGUUGCCGUCUCUCUUGUUGGGUCUGUUUCCGACUCCGUUUCCAGUUAAAUCAAACUCGAAAGACCUAGAAGUGCGUCAACAAGUCUUCGCACCGUUAGUGUUCGGAUUGGAUUUUGACAGUCGAUUAAAUCAUCUUGCUUUAUUGUCUGCUUCCGUUUUGAAUAAUUCUAGGGAUAAAUAUAGCGCUGCGAUUUACGUUGACCGUAAUUUGCUGUCGUAGGGAGGAUAGUAUAGCGCAGAUAGGCCGGAGGGACAUGCACUUUACUACGCUUGCGUAGGUAGUGUAUGGAUUUAUUCUUCUCCACUGUGCGGGUGUAGUAUAGAAAUACCACUGGUAUCACCGAGGCAUAUGCCAGGGGGGCAUUUUGCGUGGGAAUGGUACUUGUUACAUGUCGACAAGGUUGCGUUCAGCAUCACCGCAGCCGGCAACGAAUAUCUUCAUGUGUUUCGAGGAACACCCUACCAGGACUGGAGGACCCAAUGUGUAUGCGUACGACCUGCGUAGUUCCUAAGGUGACGGGCAUGUCGGACGCCAGCCACUACAAAUCACCGCGCAAAAUUUAUCCAAACCAUAAAUCGUGGACGCUGGCCUACGUUGGAGUAAUACGCGCAUUUGAAUUACCAUUUCCUAUCAAACGUCGCAAUGCACUUGCGUUGAUCAGCAACAGGGAACGCUCUGUCUCGACGACUGGCUUCAGUACAGUUUGGCUGCCUAACCGCCCUGUCCCCACGUAGUCCUUGCAGUGUGUGCCUAUACGCUUAUCUUCUUGCAGGGCAUCCUCACCCUCAGUACUGCCAACUAGCCGCAGUCGGGGAGUUCAGUGCGACCGUCCUUGCACUCAGUGGGGCCAUGCGACAGCCACCGUAUACCUUAUAG